GAUGUUAAUCAGUUGACAGAACCUAAAUGAAAUUUUAUUGAGUGAAAAAAAGGUUUUUUGGUAUCUUUACAGUAAAUAAGCGACGAUUCAUCAAAGAACUCUGUCUUUUUUUAAAUCUCUAUAUAUUAAUAUUAAUUGCAAUGAGACAUACAAUUGUUAUUUAUUGUCUCAGUCUUUUUUACGUUGCGUCUUGCCUCGAUUAUGAUGGCUGGCUACAAAUAAAAAUGGAACAUACAUUAAAUUGUAAGACCGAGAAGUACUGUCCUCGGGGCAGCAUAUCACUCAGAAGCAUCAGGACUGGAACGGCGGUUAUAGAACAAGUUAAUUUUAAUAAAAAGCAUAUCUCGGAGCUAAAGGAUUUAGCUGACUUAGACGGCUUCUAUACUAUACGCACAUUGGUCACGACGUCCGAUUCGAAAGAAGUAGAAUUUUUGUCAUCUGUAAAAGCCAAGUAUUUCUUAGGGAGUGGUUUGUCAGAUGUGAUCAAUGCAUGGGUCUUACCUAACGGUGAGGUCAUGGCCGUCACGUUCCAAGUCACAAAUACCUCAAACGGGAAUGUUCUGGAAGCCACGGAUGCUGAAUAUGAAAUAAAUUCUAAAUUUUAUGUCAACCAUGUGGAUCAAGCUCCAGUACCUGACACAGCUACAUACAUACAGAAAAUGGAGCGAGAGAGAGAGGCCAAGGAAAAAGGUGACCUGAAAGACAACAGACCGUUCUAUGCUAAAUAUUGGAUGUAUAUAGUGCCAAUUCUAAUUUUCGUCAUGAUCUCUGGAGCUGCUAAUCCUGAGCCAGCUUCCCAACCAUCUAGAUAAACAUUUCAUUGUGUUUCAUAGUUCCUGCAACGGUUAUGUUGUCUGCGGUAUGAAUAUUUGUGUGAGUGUAAUCUGUGGUGUAAUUGUUCUGAAAUUAAAAACUUGAAUGAUCAAA